UGUGAAUGGACUCAUUUGAAUCGCCUAGACUUGAUUGAAGUGAAAAAGGAAAGUCAAGAACUGAAGGAAAUGGAGGAGAAUCAACAAAAAACUCAGAAAACAAGAUCCAAAAAAUCCUUCAGCUGCCGUCAGUGUGGAGAGAGGUUUGCAGUGGCAGACGCUCUCAAAAAACAUAGUUGUUCUGAAGUAAGACCAUUUAACUGUGAUCAGUGUGGUAAAAACUUUAUUUUGGUUGCACACCUAAAGAGACAUCUGAAAGUUCAUGCGAAUGAGAAGCCUUACAUGUGUCCUCUUUGUGGAAAGUGCUUUUCAUGGUUGUAUUAUUUUCAAGAACACCAGAAAACACAUGAUGAUGAUGUGGAAGUUCAUGUGUGCUAUGAAUGUGGUAGUACCUUUACUAGAUCCAGUGACCUGAAAGCCCACCAGCGGAUUCAUACUGGAGAAAAACCUUACAAGUGCUCAUAUUGUGGAAAGGGUUUCACUAAUUCAGGACACCUAAAAAGACACGAAAGAGUGCAUACUGGAGAGAAGCCAUACCACUGCACUUCAUGUGGGAAGCGUUUCACCCAAUCAAGCACUCUAACUAGUCAUAAGAAAAAGCAUUGUCCAAAGCUGUCAAAGUGAACGAAGUUCAUCUUCAGGUCCAACAAGAUUCAGAUUCAUCCCAAAGAUGAAGGUUCUCACAAAAGAGUAAUAAAUGCAAAAAUAUUUUACGUUUGUGCUUAUUCAACAAAGAAUUUGUAGAGGAAUAUAAAGUACUAGUUAACCAAACUAACAAGUUCUGUAGUGUUUAUCAUGGAUGAUUUUAUGUUGAAGACUAGCAAUAGCAUUCAUUUCAUUGUUUGGUAGUUUGGCAUCAUUUGGCAAACCAUUCCUCUCAUCUGUGCUUUAUUUCCUGUUUAUCUGUUAAACAUUUGUUUAUCUGUUAUAAACUUGUUUAUCUGUUAUAAACUUGUCAGUUCCACUGCAAUUGUGUAUUACUUCAUUGUAUAUGCAAAUUACUUUAGUGUGUAUGCAGUAUUCUACCUAAUUUGUUUCACUAAUGUUUUAGAAUUGCUGUUUUGUUUUGCUUAUCUUGUUCUUAUAAACAUGCAU